UUUCACACGGAUGUGGAUUUCGACCAAAAAAACCCACAUGUGGAGGAAAACAUUAUCGUGUCCUCUCUAAAUCUAACAUGGAAUUAAACGUAAAGACAACGAGCUCGCAGGCGUUGCUGUCGUGUGGUAACGGAGCAGGUCUCAGUGAGAAGCUUCUCCUCAAUCCAAAAGCUGGAAGAUCACUGCAGACAGAGAGAGUCCCCAGAAGCAGCGUUCUGGACCGGCUGCAGAGCUUCCUCCCUCAGAUGGCGGAGGCCAACGAGAAGCUGAAAAGACAGAUGGAGGAGGCUCCUGCUGGACGCUUUGACAUAGAGAGUGUGGACGAGGCAGAGAGGGUCAUAGAGAUGGAUGUAGCACUCGUGGAGCUCAAUGAGUCAGGUGACAGCGAGACGUCGGACUCUGAGGAGUCGGACUGCAGCGACGAUGACGGCGAGGUCACAGAGCAGAACUUUAAACUGCCCGGAGACAAAGGCAAGAAAAAGAAAGUCAACAUCCUGGUUCUGGACCAGCAGGGGGAGUAGACGAGUCAGACAGAGGGACCUUUAGUUUCUUUUCCAUGGGAAACGUUUUGCCAACGAGAUCCUCAGAUGUCAUGUCAGAGUUUCUUGUUUCUUUCGAACCUUCUUCACACACAGACAGCGGACAGAACAGCUGCUGCCUGUGGGAGUACAGUGAACACUGAAAUGUGCACACAAACUGCCCAUAGAGCCAGAACAAAUGCUGGGAGUCUGCCCUGUGACCACGAUGUCUGCAUGCUGUGUUGUCUCCUCGUCCUCUGCUUCAUGAACGUGAACACAUCCUUGCAUCAGUUUGGGCUUCAAACCGUUCACUUCAGCUCUCUGCUGAAGCAGGAAGUGAAUUGUGAGUACAGAUGGUAAUGAAACAAAGCCUGCUCCACAACCAGCAUUGAGUGAGUGACCCACCCCACAUGGAUGAAUGAUCCUGGAUCCCAUUGCAGAUGCUGGCACUUGAACUGUGCUCUCCGUGGAUGCAGCAUCCAUCAUUGGACCGUUUUACACCACAUGAGGCGCCUGUUUCUUCUUUGUGUUUGUGGAUACAGCAGGCUCACUGACAGCACUCGCCUGAGCAAUAUACUGUACCCUCAUCAUGUACCCAGUGUGACAAACAAUGCUUAAAGUGCACAGCAUAAAGCGCUCUCAGCUUUUAGAAUCCGAGCCUCUGUGUAUAUUUGUUGUUUUCACUUCUGUUAAGAAUUAUAUUUAAAUUUUCCACAGAUUCUCCUUUUUUGAAACAAGGCUGUGAAUGUGAUUUUGAACCAACUGAAUAAAGUUUAAUGAUGACA